GCUGGGAUUGAUGGAGAAUCCAAUUUAGGAAAACACCCUUUGAUGAAGAAAGGAUAAAGCAAAGAGGAAUUUUUGCACGGAUGUUCCCAAGUGUGACAGGCACAGCAACACCAGGAUCCUCUCUGGGAGGACUCCUGGGGCACUGCAGACCUGUUGGCAUGAGAGGGGACCCCUGAUACAGCCCUGAGCAUCCGAGCUGGCUGUGUUUGAGGAUUAUAAGAGCUGUUUUGAUCAGGGGAAAAUUUCUGUUUUUAGCACAGGCAGCAAUUAAAAUAGCUUGUGAAUCUCAACGCCUCGAGGAGCUGUCAUAAAAGGAGGCAGAAAAUCCAUCUUCUGGACUCCUCUGCAGCUAGAGAUGAGCCUGGAGGCAGCAGAGGAGAAGACAGCCUGAGGUUCACCUGGUGAAAAAGGACAACCCCAAGACCUCGAGCCAGAUCCGCUGCUGUGAUCCCGAGAUGGCUGUGGAGGAUCUCCGGGCUUCCAGCACCCCUUUCUCGCUCUCCUUUUCGGGCAGCGGCUUCCUGGCCCUGUACCAGGUUGGGGUGGUGCAGUCCCUGCUGGAGUUGGCUCCCGAGCUCCUCAAGUCUGCCUGCAAGGUCUACGGCUCCUCGGCCGGGUCCAUCAUCGCUGCUGCCGUCGUGUGCGGCAUCGGCCUCGAUGACCUCAAGGAGUUUUUCUUUGCAAUGGCAACAGAAGUCAGGAAAACCAUCCUGGGGCCCCUGUCUCCCAAGUGCAGCUUGCUGGCCAAACUCAAGACUGUCCUGCAGCGGAUGCUGCCAGAGGAUUCCUACCUGCUGGCCUCAGGGAGGCUGCACAUCUCCCUGACACGGGUGGUGGACGGCCAGAACGUCAUGGCCUCAGAGUUCAGCUCCAAGGAGGAGCUCAUUCAGGCUCUCCUCUGCAGCUGCUUUCUUCCAAUUUACUGUGGAUUCAUCCCUCCAUCCUACCGAGGAGUGCGCUACGUGGAUGGAGGUUUCACUGGCCUGCAGCCCGUGUCCAGCCUGGAGGAGCCCGUGAUCACCGUGUCCCCGUUCACCGGCGAGCUGGACAUCUGCCCCCGCGACUGCCCCGCCAUCUUCUUCUGCUUCCAGAUCUUCAACGGCAGCAUCCAGAUCUCCAUAGAGAACCUGUGCAGGAUCAGCUAUGCUCUCUAUCCACCCAGCACCAUGGUCUUGAACGACAUUUUCUCCCAGGGUUACCAGGACACAGCCCUUUUCCUGUACAGGAACAAUGCCUUUGGCUUUAACUACUUCGACGGCAAUUUCCGCUUCGGCAGCACCUGUGGGAAGAAUGACUCUGGAAAAUCCAAUGGGACACAUUCCGGCCUGAGCAAAAGGGUCCCUCAGUGCCUGACCCCUUACUUCCUGCCAGGCUUGUGGAAGAAGGAGCAGGUGAAUGGACUGCAGGACCCACUGGCAAAGGUCCUGCUGCAGCCAUACAGGCUCCCAGCCUUGCUCAGGAAGGGGGUGAAGAAGGUGUGGGGGCUGCUGGAAGGUGUCAGGUCCCUGGUACAGCGACUCCACAACAUCCUCCAAACCUUGGUGCCUGGUUUGCCUAAGACAGCUGUGGACAGGAGGUAACAAGGAUUGUCCAGUGGUGCCCUGGGGGUCUGAAGCGCUGCCUUGGAAUAUAGUGGGCAACACCAGCAUGGCUGCUGGUUCUCGAGGGAAUUUUCAUGGAGUAUUUCUUUCUUCAGAACCUGUCUAGCUCUAUCUGCAGUGCUGCCACUGCAGUGACCCUGCUCUGGCCUCACCUGCUUUUCCAUGACGACCGAGAAAAAGCUCCAGUGCUGCUCCUGGGACCCACCCCAGGCUGCAGGGGCCAUGGGGCAGCUUCACUUGCAGACCUCAUAACUCAGUCCUUUCCCUGCCUACUCUAUCUCCUCUCCACCAGCAGCAUCUCUUCCAUGCUUUAAUGCAGAUUACAGGGUAGGCAGUUGCCAGGAAAUGCCACGUUUUAAGUGUUUUCCUCACACUCAAAAACUUCAAGAGAAAUUCCUCAGAGAGAGAGAGAAAAGCCUUAGGGAGCAUCAUACUGGGCAGGAACUAAUUUUUUAUACAGUUCCCUUAGGUUUUUUUUACCAAUUAUCAAUUCUUGAGCUUCACACCUCCCCAAAGCCCUGCUUCUCCUGCCUGUGGAGGUGGGAGUGCAUUUGGAUUCCCUUGGAACUUGCAGCUGUGCAGAAGGAUGGAGAAACCUAAAGAUCAACUUUCCCCUACUUCUGAGUCCUGCAGGCUACAUCUCCUGACAUUUCACAAAUAUGUGAAUUCUUCUCAUGCAAUUGUCUGUAAGUCACAGCCACCACAGAUCAUGGCCCAGGCAAACACACCCUGUGUCACUGGUCUGCACACAGAAUUAAUCAGCAGCACUCUUAAUUAUCCAAAAAUUGUGCUGCAUAUCAGAAGCUGUGGAUUGUCUUUGGCCCACCUGUGUAUCCUCUGUUUGUUGGUUCCCAACAGGCAACAAAUGGAUCCCAAGAGCAGCAGCUGUUUAUUAGAGUAAAUAGCCUGUUUCAUUGGACAAGGAGAAAUGGAACAGAGGGAAGUUUCAUGCAAAGGGUUGUGGAGACUGCAGAAAUUAAUGGGGGGAGUAGCUGAAGGCAGCUUUGAUGUAAUCAGACUCAAAGUUAACUAGGAGGGCUGAGCAAAAGAGCAAUAUUCUGUCUUCUGCCAUCUUUAGUUCAAAUGAGUGACUUGGGAAUACCUUCCCUGGAAUGGAUUUGCUAAAAGAAACCUGGAUGCUUAUUUCAUAAGUCAUAAAAUAGUUUGGGUUAAAAGGGACCUUAAAGAUCACAUAGAUCAAUUCCCUGCCAUGGCAGAGGCACCUUCAUUAUGCCAAGCCCCGUCCAGCCUGGCCAUGGACACUGCCAGGGAUCCAGAGUCUGCCACAGCUGCUCUGAGCACCCUGGGCCUGGGCCUGCCCACCAGAGGUGUCCAUCCAACCUUCUCUUCUCCAGGCUGAACAGCCCCAACUUUCUCAGCCUGUCUCCAUAGGGGAGGUGCUCCAGUCCCCUUGUAACUUUUUAUGGGACGUUUUGACAGAUCCCAUUUGCUUUGGAUCCUGUGUGCUCCUGUCUUUGAACCAUCUUGGAUGGAUUUACACCUCUCAAGCACUGCAGCCUAAGGCAGGCUGCUCAAAUCCAGCUGUUCCUGCCACAGGGCAAAGUGGAAGGCUCAUAGACACUCACGCCUCCCCAGGCAGGGACAAUCAGCCCAUCAUCUGCUUUUUCAACUCUGCUCCCACUUAUCCAACAGCUCCUUCUCCAGGCUGCUGCAAGCACCAUCCCCACCUCCUGGCAGGAUAUUACCAUUUCAGUCAGCCUGAGGCAGUUACCCUAUGGAAACGGGCAUUUAAAUCCCCCAAAGAAAAUUCUCAUCUAGGAAUUGGACAUCCAAAUCCAUUAAAAGUAUCUACAAACCUCAGCCACAAAGAGGAGCACAGUUUGAACUGCCCAGUGUAUCUCACCUGCCCCAUGUGGUGCUUGAUCAUAAACAAUUGUAAAACUUUGAGAACUUUAGGAAAAAUCAAUCUGCAAGGAGCCCCCAAGUUAAAAUGGUCUCAGAGCAGGAUCCUCCUGCUCCAAACCUGCAGGAAUGAGGAAGAAAUAAAUAUUUACAGAAUUGAGUAUUCCGAUCAGCUGGGUUUUGCUUUAUUAAUCCCUCAUCUUUUCAAGCAAGCAGAGCUGGUGCUGUCUCCUCUGGGAGACAUGAGCUUGGAGCUAAUGGCAAUGGAGGCUUGGCCAGAGGCAGUGGCUAGAGGUGAAGUUUGGCAUAGACUGGAAUCAUCUUGUGCAGGAGCUUGUUUCACCCCAAGGAAGCAAAGUGGGAAGCCCAGCUGCACGCAGUGGGCAUAGAAGCAGCCUAGAAUGUCUCCUCUGGGGAUGGAUCAUGGGAAUCAUGUGGGAGCUGUGGCCCUGCCUGUGCUGAGACAUUGCUGGCACAGUCCAUGUGCUCCUUGGGGCAGGUCAGGCUCAGCCUUCAGGCUGGGUUCCAAGUUGCUCAUUGCCUCUUGAAAGCAGAAACUGGGGCCAAAGGCAGCCGCGGGCUCAGAAAUGCUCUUCAGCCUGGUCCUAAAGGGAAGAAAACCACGUUGGUCAAUCUGACAGACACCUCUGGCAGAUCCUGUGGGACAAAGUGGGUUCCAGUCAGAGCUGCUUCCCUUCCUCCUGUUGUCUACAUGGCAGGCGGUUUUGGUAUCCUCAAAGUAUUACCCCUGUAGCCCUGUCCUGUUGCUUGUCUCAUUUGGCUUCAACCUCAUCAGAAAUGUGAAGGCUGAGGGGGAUGGGAUGAGAGUCUGGAGACAAGCCAAGACAGCAGAGCUCCUCCCUCUGGAGCUGGAUCCCACUGCAGGUCUAGAGGGAAGAGUCCUUGAGUGUGAUGCGUGAAACUGAGCCCAGCAAAGCCAAGCACGUGCCCAGUCCUGCCUGUGGCUCUGGCUGUGGGCUGCAGGUGCUUUAUGCCAGCCUCUGUUUCCAGUCUGGGCACUAAGGAGGGUGCAAUUCCUUGUGCAAUUGUCCUGCUGGGCACACGGAUAACCUGCAAGUGCUUGUGGACAAGCUGCUAGUGCAGCCUGAGCCUCGUGGGAUUGCAGGCUGCAGACACUUGUCCAGGAAAUCAAGUACAAGUUGUUCCCCAGUUUAUCCCCCUGCAGCUGCGGUAGCAUCACUGAUGUUCUGGCAUUGCACAGAGAAAGAGUGCAAGAGCCUUUUGCUGGCCUUGAUCAGUAGGGCUUUUGCUUUUCCUUCCCAGAACUGGAAAAUCUGAUGUGCUUCUGCUCUGGAGAUGGAGAGCCUGGACUCACCCCUUGAUUGCUCUCUGGCCUAACAAAUGAGCCUUGACUCCUCCCACAGGAGGAAUUUUUCUCCUGAGACUGGUCAAAAACAUUGAGGCCCAGCUGCACAGCAGAGGCAGAGAUUCCUGAUAGCCCAGAGCUGCCCAACUCCCAAAGAAACCUCAUUCCCACCUUGUUACUUCCACAAGCUGCCCAUUGCUGAGACUGAUGGAGCCUUUAAAAAAGCCACCAGGGAAGCAACUUCUACAGCCUAACACUGUGUCCUGCAUUUCUUAGUGGAUUGGGAGUUGGUUUAUUCUCAAAGGAAGUAUCUUUCUUGCUUCCAUUUAAUGUUUUCCAUACUUUUCUUUUUAGAUCUGGAAUGGUAAUGGUCCUAGUCUUUUCCCUUUAUAUUUCUCAUUUCUUCUAGACCUUCUAGAUAUAGCACAUUGUGUCUUUCAUCACUUUUCAUUUAAUUCAUGUGGCUCCAUUGAAAAUAAUUGUCCUGUGGAAAAAGCUGUGUAAUUUUAC